GCUUAACCCACUGAGCCACCCAGGCGCCCCUCCCACAUCUCUUUCCACCCUGACUGGCCACUGGGAAGCCAUUUCUCUGACUUGUGGCCUCCGGAAAGGAAAGCAUCUGGCAAAGGCUCAUGCCCGGGGUCCCAGGUGUGGAGCUAACCAAGUCAUUUUCUGCCAGUGCAGUGGUGGCCAUUGAGGACCAGGUGUUGGUGCAGAUCCCGGGGGCUUUGCCCUUGGUCCCAGGCAGAGGAGAGCUGUGGGAGCAGGACCCGAUGGCCUGGUACAGAGCCCAGAAAGGGCCUCAAUUCCUGCCGCUGCCCACUCUGUUUACAGACAGGCUGCUGCCCUCCCUGGGCGAGAGGGAAGGGGUGAGAGCAGAUGCCAAGAUGGCACGAGGCUGGGCAUGUGCCUGGUCUCAGAUGGUGUCAAAGGAGUGUCACACACCUGGAGGUGUCACUCUGAGGACCUCUGCCCCCAGUGGAGCAUCUUGAUCUCUUGAGAAGCUGACUGCUGACCCCAGGCGGCGGCUGGAGCCCAGGGACCCCCACCCCCACUCUGGGCCGAGAGUCCCCCAUCGGUGAGCCUUGGCUCUGCUUAUAGCAUCUGACGCCAGAGGGGCUGAAAAUAGCCCCUGGAGGAGGUGGAGGAGGGGGCUAUUUAAAGGGCCUGGGAGGAGCAGAGCUGAGAGCCAGUGAGCACUGAUCAUGGCCACUGCAGAGCUGAUCUGCCAGGUGUCCGAGGAGGACCGUGAGCGGCGAGAAGCCUUCUGGGCUGAAUGGAAGGACCUGACGCUGUCCACGCGGCCUGAGGAGGGUUGCUCUCUGCAUGAGGAGGACACCGAGCGGCAUGAGACCUACCACCGGCAGGGCCAGUGCCGGGCGCUGGUGCAGCGCUCUCCCUGGUUGGUGAUGCGGAUGGGCCUCCUCGGCCACGGGCUGCAGGAGUAUCUGCUGCCCUACCAGCGCGUGCUGCCACUGCCCAUCUUCACCCCUGCCAAGAUGGGUGCCGCCAAGGAGGAGCGCGAGGACACCCCCACCCAGCUGCGGGAGCUGCUGGCACUGGAGACAGCCCUGGGUGGCCAGUGUGUGGAGCGCCAGGACGUGGCCGAGAUCACCAAGCAGCUGCCCCCUAUGGUGCCUGUCAGCAAGCCCGGCGCCCUGCGUCGCUCCCUGUCCCGCUCCAUGUCCCAGGAAGCACAGAGAGGCUGAGACAGACGGUGACUCGGGCUCUAAUGUGCCUGCCGUGGGCUCGGCCCUUCCUGGCUAGUACCAUGGAGGGGAGCUGCUGGCCAUGGACGCUUUGUAGUUUGCCCAGAGUUAGGGGCUGGGGGAGGAGGGAGCCAGAGGCCAGGAUGCCUGGGUCCCCUGAGUUCCCAAAGGGAGGGGAGCAAAGACAGUGGGCACAAAGGCUGGAGAGCUGGGGGCUGGCACAGCCAAACAUCCCCAGCCCCAGGAGAAAGGACAAAAGAUGCUGGUGAGGACAGAGGUCCCUGAGGGGAGUGACCCUGGUCCAGGCUCCAGCUUCAGAGAAGGACGAGGAAAAGGGGUCUGGAAUGCUCUAGGAAGGAGGCUUGGAGGAGACUAGAGUGAGAGGGAUGUGAAGAAGGCAGAGGCAGAGUGGAGCCCCCAGCAUCCUCUGUUAGUGCUGCAAUAAAUGCUCAGUUGUGUUCCAGA